CAGCAGUCUUCACUAGAACACGCACUCUAAAAAAAGCCUCUUAAAAUUCAAACCCUAACUCGCUUGGCUCCAGCAGUCUUCGGACAUUCUCACGCUAUCGAGGAGGAGACUCUCGAACUCAGAGAGAGACUACCGCGAUGGACGCCAUGAGGAAGCAACUCGACGUGUUGAUGGGCGCUAAUCGAAACGGCGACGUUCGAGAAGUCAAUCGUAAGUACUACGAUCGCGAUGUUUGCCGUCUCUUUUUGGCCGGACUAUGCCCCCACGAGCUCUUUCAAUUGACGAAAAUGGAUAUGGGACCAUGCCCGAAAGUUCAUUCAUUGCAGCUGAGAAAAGAAUAUGAAGAAGCCAAGGCAAAGGGCACCGAUAAUUAUGACAGAGAAUUAGAAGAUGCUAUUGACAGACUUAUUGUUGAGUGUGAUAGGAAAAUUGGUAGAGCUCUUAAGCGUCUUGAGGAUGAUGAUGCAAAGGCUGCAAUUGCAAUAUCAGUCUCUGAGGUGACCCAGACACCAGAGGUGCUUGAGUUGUCAAAGCAAAUUAAGGAGAAGUUGAAAGAAGCAGAUCAAUAUGAUUUUGAAGGCAAGACAGAUUUUAAGAUCCGAGCUUUGGAAGUGGUAGAAGAACUCAGAACAAAAAGAGCGGACAAACAGUCUAUGCUGCUUUUGGAUGCCUUCAACAAAGACAGAGCAUCUUUGCCUCAACCCCUCCAAAACCCACCACCAUUGGCACCCUUGCCUAUACCUGCGCCUGAUGCUCGUACACAAGAAAUGAUAAAUGAGAAGCUGAAGAAGGCAGAAGAUCUUGGUGAGCAAGGAAUGGUAGAUGAGGCACAAAAAGCUUUGGAAGAAGCUGAAGCACUUAAAAAGCUUCCUGCAAGACAGGAGCCUGUUCUAGAUUCCACCAAGUACACUGCUGCGGACGUGCGCAUUACUGAUCAGAAGCUACGUGUUUGUGACAUUUGUGGAGCAUUUUUGAGCGUUUAUGACAGUGAUCGUCGCUUAGCAGAUCAUUUUGGAGGGAAGCUUCAUUUAGGUUAUAUGCAGAUCCGUGAUAAACUGGCAGAGCUUCAGGAAGAGAGAAACAAGAGUCGCAAAGAUCGAUAUGAUGAUAGAAGAUCAAAAGAACAAAGUAAAGAUCAUGACAGGGCAGCAAGCAAGGAUCGUGAAAGGGAAAUGGCUGUGAGUCGGGAUCGUGAUCGUGAUCGUGAUCGUGACCGAGGAGACAGCCGUGACCGGGUAAGGGAUUAUGACCGGAGUAGCCGAGAUCACGAUAGGUAUUAUGAACGAGACCGUGGAUAUGAUCGAGAGCGUGACCGGGAUUCAGAUCGCCACCGCAGUUAUGAUUCAAGAAGUCGGCGAAGAUCACGCUCUCGGUCAACAGAACGUUCAAGAGAUUAUGAUCGUCGCAGGCGACAUGACCGGUACUAGGUGAUCGUGCUUGAGCAGCAGAUGGAUAUGGAUCUGUGUUCUGGUCUAGGUCAGUGAACUUAUGUAGGCAAAAGUAUGAUGAUCUUUGUGUGAUUUUUCUGAUACUUUUAGUGAGUUUGACAGUUCUAAUGUUAUGGUGGACUAACAACUGCUUCGAAGAUUUUGUUGAAUUAUGUUUGAGAGGUAUGCAUUUACAACUGUUUUACUAUUACUUUAUGUCUCAGAGUUUCCUUGAAUUUUCGAAAUAUUAUAUUUCACUUUGGGAAAUUUCAACUUUCCCAUUAUUUAACUGGUA